UCGGCUUGUGGUCAAGUACCUAAGGCCACGGUACUUUGAGAAAGAAGAUAAUAAGUGCUAACUACCAUCUUUCGUAACUACCUAAACAACGGUCCGACGAACCUCCGAAAUCCGAACUUACUCUAUAGACGUCAUCUCAUUCCGCCCAUGGUUCCAGGUGCCAGUGCCAGUUAACCGCACCGUGCAAUCAAUGGCUCAUCGUCAAGCGUACGUAGCUAAAUCAAGAACAAUAUGUCUUCGCCAGACUCACGCCUCUCCAUGGAGUUGGAACUUCUAGAGGCUAUGUACCCCUCGCAGACGGUUUUCGACUCUCGCAGCCGAGAUUUCAAGUACACCGACAGCUCUUCUCUUCUGCAUCUCCGCCUUCCCGAGCACUAUCCGUCUGAGGGAUUCCCUGAAGUCAUAUCAGCUAACGACAAUUUGAAGUCGGACAUCAGAGAUCGCACAAAGGCAGCUUUGGGUGGCAUCAGUAUGACGGAAGGGGAAGAGUCUCUCGAUGCGAUCAUCUCAUGCUUCCACAACAUCAUUUCGUCCGCUGCAGAAACGAACCCCCUGCUACGAGUAGAUACAAUCGCAUCAGGCCAUCAUCCCGCACCCGCGCUCAUGCAGGAAACAAACAAGACGACUAUCAUCUGGUUACAUCACCUCCUUGCUCUUACCAAACGCAAGCUGGCACUUUCGCCCACCGACACCGUUGCUGGAAUCACCAAACCUGGUUAUCCGGGUAUCAUGGUCUUCUCUGGCCCCACCACUGCAGUUGAUGACCAUGUGAACACUCUCAAAAAGGAGAACUGGCAGGCCUUCCAAGUCCGAUACGAACGGGAUGUGACAUGGAAUUUUGGCCAUGGCCGGGGGGUGGUUGAAGUGGAAACCAUGUCGGAGGUGGUCAAAGAUCUGGAGGCGGGGCCUGGACCAGAAGGCAGCCAGCAGAAAGAGGAAUUUCUGAGAGCCGUAGGCAUAAAGUGAAGAGCAAGGAUCAUUCCGAGUGAUUCCACAGCGUGCUGUCAACUGCGAUGCCUUGAUAGACCCUCACAAUGCUUGCCAGAGGGACGUUAUGCCUUCUUGCAUGGGUGUGCGACUCUCUGCAUUGAUCCAAGUGCAGCAUCACAACUACACACCAUAUUGCAUCCAUGGCAAGUAUGUCGUAAAUCUUCAGCUACCCUCGAGCAGCCGUUCCAGGCCAUCGUAGGGGGUGGUCUCCAUGAUCACGAUGGCAACCACUUGGCCGAAGCAAACAUUUCUCAGAAUCAAUGAAUGCUGUGCUCCCAACCCACUCCUCAUUUCUCAAACCCUGCAGGCAGACAACGCAUCCCGCUUUCUUCCCCACCUUGAUCAAACGGUCCCAAUUUCCCAGGAAAAGAGUCUUUCAACGUUGAGCAUCAU